AUGGCGUCGCAGCAGGUGCUCUUCGCCGAGACCAUCGCCGGCAUGAAGAAGGCCUUCAAACGGAGGGCUUAUGAAUCCGAUUCUGACUCCGAGAUCGAAAGCUUCACCAACCGCGGCAACAAACUUAAGAAGAGGGCGCGUUUCGCACACAAGGGCCAAUUGAUGCCCACGGCAGGACCCGGCGCUUACAAAGAGGCCGUGGAUUACGCCGGUGUGCGAAGGUCCAUCAUCCAUCGCAAUUCUCCCUUGGUCGACGACGACGGCUACGAAUUCGAUAGCGACGAUGACGACGCCCGCGUCGAAGAGGCCAUACUCUCAGCCGCCGAGCUGGAUCCGUAUGCAAACAUUCGCCUAGAACACAUCCUUGCGCCGCUUACUGCCUCAACCGACCUGCCAAUCCACCCCGUCUUCUCCAAGCCCUUCACCUCCAAUACUCUGACAGAACUAGUCAAGCAGAGUUCUCGCAUAAUGCAAAAGGAAAACCGGUCGCUAUGGCAGGUUCGACACUUGUGGACCUCUCUGUGUGGUGACUCCACUUGGGUGCCGUGUUCAACCAUGGUCGGCACGAACGAUAUCGAUUUUUAUAUUGAAAAAAGCACUGCUCGCCAGUCUCAAGAUUCCACAAAGAUGGGCGAGGAGGCGUCUUCACCUGCCAAUCUAAAUGGCGAGACCAGCAAAACCGAUACCUCUGGAGUUCGGGCGACAAACGAAUCAAAAGCAUCGAGUGAACACGGCGCUGCCAUCUCGGCAGACGCCGAUAUGCCCAUGGACGAUGCUAAUGCACCAGAGAAGAGGAAGACACCUCCCAGGCAAGAUGUGGAUAUGAUGGAAACAGACGACGGAGCUUCCAAAGAACAACCUAGAGCAAUGGACGUGAAGAAGGAAAAUGGUAAAGACGCAGCCAAUGGAGAUGCAGCGAAACUUACAAAUGGCGGAGAGUCAUCGACUGAAACUGCGAGUCAAGGUCGUAAGAAGGGAAGCCGUCUGCCCAGCGAAGACGUGCAUAUGCAAGAUGGUGGUGAAGCAGCAAACGAAGCCUCCCAUAAUGGCGUCGAGGCCAACCAGUCCUAUAUCCACCCAAUGUUCAUACCUCCCCCAAAUGCCGCGCUCGACCGAAACCUUGGCUUACCCGACAACGAAGCCGAAGACAUGAGGAAGCUUUUAUCCCUAUACGUGCAGAAGCAAGAAGAGGUCUGUCGAGGAGCUGCCAGGCUCCACCUGGGCUUGCUAAGAGCUCAAAGGCUUCGCAAAGACGUGCUGCAUUGGUCGAAAGCAGAGGCACACUCUGGACCAAACCGAGACAUGUCAGAUGGCGAAGACUGGUACGACAAGGAAGAAUGGGGCCUGACAGAGGACCUCAAGAAGGGCCAAGACGAGGAAGAGGAAGAUACUGCCACUACAGGGAAGAAGACGAGAAACAGGCGAUAA